ACUACACUAUGACAUUUUUAAGACUUCAUCGGAAUAUAAUACAAUAUUUGGAAUGGCUGAGGAAGUUUUUCGCACCAUGCCUCCAGGUGCAGUCAGACCAGUACAUCCCGGUGGAGGACAUCCACGGGGAGAUGGGUCAGCUGGAGAGGCAGCUGGACGAGCUGGAGCAGAGGGGGGUGGAGCUGGAGAAGAAGCUGAGGGACAACCCCAACGAUGAGGAUGAGGAGCACCUGUUGGUGGACUGGUUCACUCUCAUCCAUGAGAAACAUCUUUUAGUACGAAGAGAGGCUGAGCUGGUCUACACAGCGAAGCAGCAGAACCUGGAGGAGAGGCAGGCUGACGUGGAGUAUGAGCUCAGGUGUCUCCUCAACAAACCAGAGAAAGACUGGACGGAGGAGGACAAGAGUCGGGAUCAGGAGCUGAUGUCAGAGCUGGUGACGAUCAUCGAACAGCGGAACCAGAUCGUCAACAACAUGGACCAGGACCGGCAGAGGGAUGAAGAGGAGGACAAACUGAUGGAGGCCAUGCUGAAGAAAAAAGACUUCCAUAAGGACCCGGAGGUCGAGCCGCAGCAGAAGAAGAAAGGGGGGAAGUUCAAACCCAUCAAGGUGCUGAAGAGGCUGAGCCAUAAAGGGGAACCAAGCAAGAGCCCCCGCAAGGAGAAGAAAUCCCCGUAGACACAACGCUUCUCCUCAAAGAGGAUAUGAGACUUUUUUUUUAACAACUAAGGCAGAUUUAAAAAAAGGAUGUGAGCAAAGAAGAUAAGAGGAGGUCGUCUGACUGUCCCCCAGAAUCCCCUCACCUCUCACUCCUUACUCCAUGCCUCUCCAGUGACCUUUUUUCUGUUGCCUUUGUGUGAUUUUAGAGAGACGGUAUGACGGCUGCUUUAUGAGCGGACAUGUUUGUAAGCCUUUGAAGCAACUGAGGUGACCCGCAGGUUGUAAACGACUGCACUGAUUGGUUGCUUGUUGCUUCACUCUCCUUGUCAUUGCACAGCGUGUGUGACCCUUCAGGCCUUUAUCAAGGCUUCCCAGCUCCACAGUUGACCCCUGAGUGUUGUAUUGGUUUGAAUCUGUUCCUGACACAUUUAUUACCCUCUGCUCCUGAAACCCAAAGAUAAGAAGCUGGAUAUCUGAGGUUUUAUGUCUGGUUUGAGCCUGUGGUACGAGUUUAUUUUUAUCUUUAUCUAGCAACGUCUACUCAUGAAAUGCUCGAUCAACAAUGCAUACCUAAGCUCUUCUAGCUGCUAUGUUAUGACUGUCUAUGGGUCCCUUUUUGUAUUUCUCCUGUGAUACUUUUGCGAUGAUGUCCCUUGUGUAAAUGCAUAUCAUCAAAGACGUGGAUGUGAACGACGUAGAUAUACAGUAUUAAUAGGAAGUUGUGUGACUGGAAAUCAGAUUGAUUUAGAACGCUCUGAAGAUAAGUAUUGUAGAUAACCUUUAGGUGUCAGAAAGUGUAUCAGUAUGAAAGGUCACACAUGCAAUAAUGAACAUUAGAAAAGGCAGAUAUACAGUAUGUUAACAACUGUAGCAAAGCACCAGCUUAUAACAGACUAACCAUUGGGGAGAAACCUGAAUAUGCAAUCAUUAAUUUAUAUUUUACGAUGCCUUUCUGUGUGUUUCCAUGUAUUGCCUUAAAAGUGUAUAGGAAAGAAAGUGUUAAUAUUGUUUGUACGUGCCAUUUAUUUAAUUUCAGCGUCAUUUGUUUGAUGUAACUGUCAGUAUGUUUACUCAUUCUGUUCCUGUUAGUCCUCCAUUUGAACUGUAGUCUGCGUUGUGUCUCUGCUCUGUGCCUGUCCUGUCGGCUGUAACCAAGGGCUUCUGUGGCGCCACAUGUUCUCAAACAGCAGCAGGAUUAUUACAAAACAUACUGACACUGGAAGGCAGAGGAAUAAAAUAACUUACUGCAA